AUGGAGGAGUUUUCUGAGGACGGGAGAAUGAAGAACGUCACCAUGCACAAACACUUCAUCCUCGACGGCUUCAGUGAACUGGGAGUGUUGAGGCCCGUCCUCUUCAUCCCUUUCUCCAUCAUGUACGUUGUGUCGCUGUCCGCCAACUCCCUGCUGCUGUACGUGGUCGUUUCACAGAGGAGCCUCCACUCACCGAUGUGCAUCCUCAUCGCCGGCAUGGCAUGUGUGGACCUGAGCCUCCCGGUGUUCUGGGUCCCCCACAUGCUGCUGAGCUUCUUGUUUGACUGGAGGGGAAUCUCUCUGAUCGGAUGUCUGGUCCAGAUGUUUUUCAUUCACUUUGUUGGGACGUUUCAGUCAACGUUGCUGGUGUGGAUGGCUCUGGACCGCUACUUUGCCAUCUGUAAGCCUCUCACCUACCAUGAACAAAUGGCUUUACCUAAAUUUCUCAAGUUUAUUAUCCCGCAUGUGGUAAGAAAUUUCAUCAUGGUUACACUGUUUGUGAGUCUGGCAGGAACAUUGUCCUUCUGUGCUUCAAAUGUGAUGAACCACUGUUUCUGUGAGCACAUGGCCUUAGUGCAGCUGGCCUGUGGAAGUACUGCCAUCAACAACAUGGUUGGGUUGAUGACUGUAUUCCUCAAUGUCUUGACCGAUUUCAUCUUCAUCACUGCUUCUUAUAUCGUCAUAUUCAGCUCUGUGCUAAAAUCCGGCAAGUCAUGUGCCAAAACUCUCCACACCUGCGUCACCCACAUUGUAGUCAUCACGGUCAGCCUGACCAUCGCACUUGUUGCUUUCCUGUCGUAUCGGAUCAGAAACGGUUUACCUGCCGCUGUUCGGGUGUUCUUUAGCACCAUGUAUGUGUUGUUCCCAGGCUGUUUCAACCCGAUCAUCUACGGCAUUAGAACAGCAGAGAUUAGAAAGCACAUCCUAAAAACACUGAGACGCUGA